CAUAAAUUUACGUUGAAUCCACUGCUAAGCCAAAGCAAAAGUCAGUCAGAAGAAAAAAUCCUUUUUCAUUUUCACCCAAUCGUGUUUCUUACUCAAAUGUGGUGGAUCUGAAAUCCCAGUCCCAACCGUUCUGUUCAUUGUGUUAAAAAGGGAAUAUUGGAUUCUAGAUAUAGCAAUGGGAAGAAGGAAUCGAUCUGUGGAAAUGGCGCUAAACAUGUUACUUUCAUCAGCCGUUGUGUUUUUUCUUUGCUUUCACAAUGCGAGUGGUUUCUACCUUCCUGGUGUGGCCCCUGAAGAUUUUCGCACGGGGGAUAGCUUGAAUGUGAAAGUGAACAAAUUGACUUCAACCAGAACUCAGCUUCCUUAUUCGUACUACUCUCUUCCAUUUUGUCAUCCAGAAAAGAUAGUUGAUAGCAGGGAAAAUCUUGGGGAAGUGCUGCGUGGCGACCGCAUAGAAAACUCCCCAUAUGUGUUUAAAAUGAGGGAGCCAGAAUUAUGCCGUGUUCUCUGUCGAAUUACACUUGAUGCUGAUACAGCUAAAGCAUUUAAAGAGAAGAUUGAAGACGAGUAUCGCGUCAACAUGAUCCUUGAUAAUCUUCCUCUGGUUGUUCCCAUUCAGAGGUUGGACCAAGAAGCCCGUCCCCUUUAUCAGCUUGGCUAUUUUGUUGGGCUUAAGGCUCAAUAUGCUGGUAGCAAGGAUGAGAAAGCUUUUAUUAACAACCACUUGUCGUUUAUUGUUAAGUACCACAAAGACGAGGAGACCGACUCUGCUAGGAUUGUUGGUUUUGAAGUUAAGCCAUUUAGUGUUAAGCACUCGUAUGAUGGAAAAUGGAGCACCAAUACUCGUUUAGCCACUUGUGAUCCCCACGCAAAGAGAACUGUUUCCAACUCAAAUUCUCCUCAAGUUGUUGAAGCUAAACAAGAAAUUAUAUUUACAUAUGAUGUGGAUUUUCAGGAAAGUGAUGUGAAGUGGGCAUCAAGAUGGGAUACAUACCUCCUGAUGAGUGAUGAUCAAAUUCAUUGGUUUUCAAUUGUCAAUUCUCUGAUGAUUGUUCUCUUCCUCUCUGGCAUGGUUGCAAUGAUCAUGCUGCGAACACUUUACCGUGAUAUCUCCAAGUACAAUGAACUUGAGACCCAAGAAGAAGCUCAGGAAGAGACUGGAUGGAAACUGGUUCAUGCGGAUGUUUUCAGAGCCCCAGAGAACUCAGACUUGCUUUGUGUUUAUGUUGGAACAGGUGUCCAGUUUUUCUGUAUGGUUCUGGUCACGAUGAUGUUUGCUGUCCUUGGCUUCCUCUCUCCUUCAAACCGUGGUGGCCUUAUGACAGCUAUGUUAUUCCUUUGGGCUUUCAUGGGUAUUUUUGCUGGUUAUGCCUCAACCCGCUUAUUCAAAAUGUUCAAGGGAACUGACUGGAAAAGAGUGGCCCUGAGAACUGCGUUUCUUUUCCCAGCGACAGUCUUCGCGAUCUUUUUUGUCUUAAAUGCCCUCAUCUGGGGCCAGAAAUCCUCAGGGGCUGUGCCAUUUGGAACCAUGUUUGUGCUGGUGCUUUUGUGGUUUGGAAUUUCUGUUCCACUUGUCUUUGUGGGCAGUUACGUUGGAUUCAGAAAGCCAGCAAUUGAGGAUCCUGUAAAGACAAAUAAGAUUCCCAGGCAGAUCCCAGAGCAGGCGUGGUAUAUGAAUCCUAUUUUCUCAACUCUCAUUGGAGGGAUACUCCCAUUUGGAGCUGUUUUUAUUGAGCUUUUCUUCAUUCUCACCUCAAUCUGGCUGAAUCAGUUCUAUUAUCUUUUCGGAUUCCUCUUCAUCGUCUUGGUCAUUCUCAUCAUUACCUGUGCCGAGAUUACAGUUGUGCUCUGCUAUUUCCAGCUGUGUAGUGAGGACUACUUGUGGUGGUGGAGAUCUUAUCUGACAUCAGGCUCAUCUGCUCUGUACCUCUUUCUCUAUGCCACGUUCUACUUCUUUACUAAGCUCGAAAUUACUAAGCCCAUCUCAGGGAUGUUGUAUUUCGGGUACAUGCUCAUCGCAUCAUAUGCAUUUUUUGUUCUCACCGGCACCAUCGGCUUUUAUGCUUGCUUCUGGUUUACGAGGCUCAUUUACUCCUCUGUGAAGAUUGAUUGAUUGAUGGAUAGGAUUUUGUGCACAGGAAGGAACAGGGUAGUGAAUGAUGGCUAGCUUGCAGAGGUUUACCAUCGCUUUACAUUUGAAAAAGAUAGUAUAAUGUCCUUAGCCUUUGAAAGACAAUUUUGCAAGUUACAUUGUCAGUUUGUAUUCUUUUGCUCCACUUAGUACUGAGCAUACCAUCGUGAUUAUUUGAACUAAGCAGGGCUAAAGCAGUUCUUUUCGCCCCUUUAAACUCUUUUUGCAGAAUAGAUAGGUCCUCACUCCUCAUACAUGUUAUUUUCAUCCUUUAAAUUAUACUGGCAUGCUGUAAGAUUACCUUACAUACGCAAUUGGUCUUAAUAUUCAUAAUAUAUGGAAAGUAUAUUAUGACCGAAGAUUAAUUAUGAAUAAUAAGUUAAAAUAGUGUAUGAUGAUUUUGCUGCCCUAAUUCAAAUUAAGCAUGAGAUCGUUUCUCCCAUUUGCAUGCUAAACUCAGCCAUAGGUUUUGUAGAAGAGCCAUCUUCACUCCACGCCUCUGCUGCUGUGUCCAUCUAAGCAAAUCUGCUGCCCUUCACCUUCCAUCAGAUUCUUCACUGCAUUUGUGAUUUCAAACUUGCCCCACCAAGUCGAUCAUUAUCUUUCUCUUAUAAUAUCACCCAGCUAGACUCAACGCCAUUUUGAGAUCAUCGGCUAACAUUGCAGCAUUCGCGCGUUGUUCUGCAUGUAGGGGCUGUGCAAUCACUGGUACAUCAUUCGCCUGUCGCCACGCUUUCCUGACCGAAUUCCAUCCCUGAAUGUUCUCAAGUCGUUGGCGCAAUGCCUCAGUAUUUGAGAUGAAGGUGCCCAAUUGCAGAAGGAAACACCAAUAUCCUUUGCUGCCUCUGUGAAACCAUUGGGAAGACAAGCUCUACCAGG